CAUUUACAGAUUCCCUGCCACUGGCAGGGAAUCUGUUGACCGUUGGAAGCACAGCUUCCAACGGUCUUAAAAUGAAUGCAAUCCGCGAAAUCAAAUCGCGGAUUGCAUUCUAUAUAAUGGGGCUCCACCGCCUCAUUUUCCUCACACCUCAAACUCUCUCAACAUAAAAUUUUCUCUCAAGUGUUUUUAGAGCGUUUUUGGAGCGGUUUUGGAGCGUUUAUUAUUAUUAUUGCGGUUCGGUUUUAGAGCGAUUUUGGAGCGAAUUUUAUUAUUUUAGCACUAUUGGAGGAGGACUACAAGAGCAAUGGCGACCUUAAACCUAUCGUUUGUGAUAUGGUGCGAUGGUCGUAUGGUAAGCUCUCCGGCUGGAGUAGAAUACCAGGGCGGCCGUCGGGCGGAUAUGCCAAUUAUUGAUAGGAUGAAUUUUGAAGAAUUGAGAAAUAUUUGUAUAAGGGCAGUAGCUACGGACUCGGAAGUGGAGAUUACAAAAAUCUACUUUCGGCUUCCAAAAAUUGAAAGUGGUCGUAUUGUCUCCUACUCGUUGUACUCAGUAGAAAACAACGAGCAUAUUUUUGGAAUUUUGAGAGAGACGAUGCGGUACCGAGGGCUUGAUACUUUAGAAUUUUACGUCGAGUAUCGUACUGUCGUUUGUCACGAUGUCUCUGUGGAUCAGUUGGUUCUGAGUGAAUCGAGUGGGUCGGAGAUAGGGAGUGAUGAAGAUGAAGAUGAUGAAGAGGAUUUUUUUGGUUGCGAGGAAGAGGCAGAAGAGCAAGAGGAUUGCAAUGAUCAUGAUUCUGGAGAAGACACAGUGUACCAAUCGCAACUCCCAGAAGGUUUUAACCAUGUCAAUUUGGAUGAUUUUGAUGUGGCACCAGAAUCUGAUGAGAACCUUAUGUGGAAUCCUGGGAUGGAGUUCCAAGUUGGGAUGAUCUUCCCAAAUCGUGCUUCUGUUCAGGCAUGCGCUACUGCUUAUUCUGUUGAGAAUGGGAGGGAGCACAAAAGUCGCCGGACAACCAACUAUACUGUUGUGUUUGCAUGUAGGUAUAAUCCUAUUUGCAAAUGGUGGCUGCGUGCAACUCUGCUUCAAGCAACUCAUACGUGGACAUGCACAAAAUAUAUCGGGCCGCAUACGUGCAAUGAGCUGGUGCCAAAUGCUAAUCAUAGAAAUUUUGGGGCACGAGAAAUUGCAAAAUACGUGCGGAGGGAAGUGAUGGAGCAGCGUGACAUACGCGUUAAUACCCUUAUUGCUGGCAUUUGGGAUGAACAUAGAGUGAGACCUCCAUAUAAAAGAAUGUGGUAUGCAAAGGAGAAGGCAAUUGCUUCUGUUUACGGGGACUGGUAUGAAUCCUUCGGAUGUAUCAAUGACAUAAUGCAUAAUAUCGUUCACGUAAAUCCGGGCUCAUUCUGGCAUGCGGAAGGCGAUGAUGUUUACAUUAACGGGAUGCUUCAGCCGAAUAUUAGAACGUUCGUUAGAAUGUUUUGGACUUUUUUUCCGAUGGUUGCUGGAUUUCGAUUCUGUAAACCUGUUCUGUUUGUCGAUGGGACCCAUUUGUAUGGGAGAUACAAGAUGACGAUGUUGAUAGCGUCAGCGAUAGAUGGAAACAGCCAUAUAAUGCCAGUAGCGUUUGCAAUUGUGGAAUCAGAAAGUACUGAAAGUUACGAAUAUUUUCUCGGGCAUUUACGGGAACAGGUCAUUCUUGGACGGAAGGUUUCCAUUAUUUCUGAUCGCCAUGCUGGCAUUUUAGCAGUUCUGAGGCGUCCUGAAUGGGCUGAUGUUCCGCACAAAUUCUGCAUAAGGCACUUGGCCAGUAAUUUCAAUACUCACUUUAGGGACAAGUCGUUGAAAAAAUUGAUGGAGAAAGCAGGUCGGGCAUAUCAGAAGAAAAAAUACAAAAGAUAUAUGGAAGUCAUGAGGAUAAAAAGCCCAGAAGGUUAUGCAUGGUUAACCGACGAGCAUCGACCGAAAGAAAAAUGGUCAAGGGCCCACGACCAUCGAGGACAGCGCCACAACGUGAUGACAACAAAUUAUGCCGAGUCGGUCAAUGCGACCCUAAGGAACAUUAGGGGGCUUCCAAUUUCAUCAAUGCUUGAGACUUUAAUUAAAAAGCUUGUCGACAUGUUCGUAAGGCGUAGGACGACCUAUUCACAGUUGAUUGCUAAGGGGGUUCAAUACACUCCAAUCCUGGACCACAUAUUGAAGAAACGGGUUGCGAAGGCCCGUCAUCAUACCAGUCAGACAUAUGACCGUACCACCAUCAGGAGCUAUCCCUAGACGAUGAUCACGAGAGCGAGGGCGCGCCAGGUGACAGACCGGGUGAUAGACAGUAUCGCGAUCUUACUGAGAGCAGUCUGCGCCGCAGGCAAGAUAUGGGGUACGAUAUGAGGACUCAACUGGAGAAGAACACUAGAUAUCGAGAUUAUUUAUGAUUUUGUUGUUUUUAGUAAAACACUAUCAACUUUGUAAUCCUAUUUUAUUUUAUCGACUUUGUAAUUAUAUUAUUUGUGCAAUUUAUAAUUUUUACUUUAUUUUA